CGGCAACGGCGGCGCGCGCUGCGGGAGGGCCGCGGCCUGCAGGGGGCGCCGCGGCGCGGCGGGCGGCGCGACAUGGCGGACUACGAGGCGGUGCAGCGCGGGCCGCUGCGGCUGAAGGGCAGCGGCGGGGCCCUGGGGGCCGGCAAGCGGAAGAAGAAAAAGGCGAAGGACAAAGCCCAGAUCCUGGAGCAGAUCGUGAGCAGCAAGAAGCAGGAGGAGGAGAAGAAGCGCGGCCUGGACAAGCGGACCCCGGCGCAGGUGGCCUACGAGAAGAUGCAGGAGAAGCGGCAAAUGGAGAGGAUCCUGAAGAAAGCCUCGAAAACCCAUAAGCAGAGAGUGGAGGACUUCAACAGGCACUUGGAUACUCUGACUGAGCAUUACGACAUUCCUAAAGUCAGCUGGACUAAGUGAACGGACUGCUUUUCAAGGCUUUGGAUCAGGAGUUGUGUUUUGUUGUACUGAACAGGGUUGCCAUGUAAAUCUGUGUAUUCUCCGCAUUGAAUGUUUAAUAUAUUUUCUGAACGUUUA